ACAUAGAGCCCAAUAAAAUGAUUAAUCAAAUCAAUCAAGUCAAGUAGAUCAGGUUGAGCAAAUUGACUCGUGUCGACUUCAUAAGAAAUUCGAGGUUAUAUAUAUAUAUAUAUAUAUAUAUAUAUAUAUAUAUAUAUAUAUGAUUUGAAAUCUUCAAACAAAUAAAAUAUUACUUAAAAAAAACACAAAAAUAUUAGUACAAUCGAUGAAAGGAGAGAGAAAGAGACGACUAAUCUAAAAUGACUAACUAUCCAAAAUCAAAUAUCGUUUAUCGAUUGCGAAAAAGAAAACUAUGUCAAACAGCUUCUUAUCAAAUUAAAAAGAAAAAAAAAAAAAGAAAUGUGGGGAGGAAUCAAAACCACCUCUCACCAAACCAUGCCUUUUUACGUGCUUACCACCUCCACCCUAGUAGAAUCUAUCGAGUCAGACCAGAGUCUCUCUCUCUCUCUCUCUCUCUCUUCAUUUGAUGCCUUGCAUACCAUAUCAUGACGUCAUCAUUUACGUGGACGAAGCUACAAGCCAAAAUCCAUCCUCGUAUAUAAACCACCCUCAAAGAGAGCUUCUUCUUUGUACUCCUCUAUUCUCCCCUUCUGCAUUGUUGCUUCAGACCCUCUCACAUCUUCUCUCAUCCUCACCACCAAGACCUCACAGAGACCCCCUUCCCACCCUCUUCGUACUAUCAUCUUCUCGUUCUAUAUCUAAAGACACCAUUUUUUUAGGGAGGAAGAGAAGAAAAGCAUCAAUCUGUCUUAAUAUCCACUGCUUUUGAUUCAUCCGCAAUGGGCCUUAGCUACAAGUAUGCUUCCUCCAUCCUCCUCUGUCCAGAGGAUAGCAGCAGCAUCCUGGGAUUCGAUGAUGGGGAGGGGGAGGAGCAGGACUUGCAUGGAGAAGCCCAAAGGCGUGACCUUUGCCAAUCUCCCGACAAAAAGAGUGGCUUUUGUGGGGGCAUUUUGAUGGACUUCACCUUGCAGUCGGAGGACUGUGUUGUCGAGCUGGUCGAGAGGGAGUCCCAGCAUCGCCCACAGGGUGACUACGCCGAGAGGUUGCUGAGGGGGCAAUUAGACAUGGUUGCCAGGAGUGAUGCCAUUGACUGGAUCCAAAAGGUUCAUGCACAUCACAAUUUUGGACCUCUCACUGCUUAUCUCUCUAUAAAUUACCUGGAUCGAUUUCUCUCCUCUUACGAACUCCCGUUUCAGCAAGAUGAGGCUUGGAUAACGCAGUUGCUAUCAGUGGCCUGCUUAUCUCUUGCUGCCAAGGUGGAGGAAACCGAGGUCCCUUUAUCUCUGGAAUUACAGGUAGGUGAUGCAAACCAUGUAUUUGAAGCCAGGACUAUACACAGAAUGGAGCUUCUAGUUCUUGGCACCCUCAAGUGGAGGAUGCAAGCCCUGACACCUUUCUCGUUCAUCGGUUAUUUUCUGUAUAAAUUUAGUGAUGGAAAUUUGCCAGAUAGCUUGUUAAUUUCUUCUUCCGUGGACCUCAUUUUGGGCACUGUUAGAGAGAUUGAUUUCCUAGAGUACAGGCCUUCUGAGAUUGCUGCAGCAGUGGCACUAUCAGUCUUGAACGAUACCCAAAUUCUGGAUCUUGACCAGGCUUUAGCUUGCUGCAUCCAUGUAAAUAAGGAAAGGGUCUUGAAGUGUCAUCGAGUGAUUCAAGAGAUGACAUCGAUGAAGAACAGGACAAACAGGAACACCAGUCCAUCGAUAUCUGCUGUGCCAAAGAGCCCGAUUGGGGUACUGGAUGCUGCAUGCCUGAGUGAUGAGAGUGAUGAUCUAGCAGUUGAAUCACAUGGAAACUGUCUUCUUCACUCCUCUCCAGCUGCCAAAAAGAGGAAACUGAACAGACCAUCAACUUCAUGAGUGUUCACCUGUUUGAUAGUUUUUGCCAAAUCCAAUUAAUUUGUUUGUGAAGAGACUUAAGUGUGGCCAGGAUGAGCUGAAGUAUGUGGUUGACUUGAAAUUUAACAGAGGAGAAAAUGAGAAUAAAUCAGUUGGCCUACUUCAUCAACUCAUGCUUAUGAUUUGAAUGCAAUU